AUGUAUGACAAUUUGUACCUGCAUGGAAUCGAAGACUCGGAGGCUGGUUCAGCGGACUCCUACACAAGCAGGCCGUCUGACUCCGAUGUCUCUUUGGAAGAGGAUCGGGAAGCAAUUCGGCAGGAGAGGGAGCAGCAGGCGGCCAUCCAGCUUGAGAGAGCAAAGUCCAAACCCGUAGCGUUUGCUGUGAAGACAAAUGUGAGCUACUGUGGUGCCUUGGACGAGGAUGUGCCUGUUCCAAGCACGGCCAUCUCCUUUGACGCGAAGGACUUUCUACACAUAAAAGAGAAAUAUAACAAUGAUUGGUGGAUAGGAAGGCUGGUGAAAGAAGGCUGUGAGAUUGGCUUCAUCCCAAGUCCGCUGAGAUUGGAGAACAUACGGAUUCAGCAAGAACAGAAAAGAGGACGUUUUCACGGAGGGAAAUCCAGUGGAAAUUCUUCUUCAAGUCUCGGAGAAAUGGUAUCAGGGACAUUUCGAGCAACUCCCACAUCAACAGCAAAACAGAAGCAAAAAGUGACGGAGCACAUCCCUCCCUACGACGUUGUGCCAUCCAUGCGUCCGGUGGUGCUGGUGGGGCCAUCGCUGAAGGGCUAUGAGGUCACAGACAUGAUGCAGAAAGCCCUCUUUGAUUUCCUGAAGCACAGGUUUGAUGGGAGGAUAUCAAUAACAAGAGUGACAGCUGACAUUUCUCUUGCUAAGAGGUCUGUGCUAAAUAAUCCCAGCAAGAGAGCAAUAAUUGAACGUUCGAACACUCGGUCCAGCUUAGCGGAAGUACAAAGUGAAAUUGAAAGAAUCUUUGAGUUGGCAAGAUCUUUGCAACUGGUUGUUCUUGAUGCAGACACCAUCAAUCACCCAGCACAACUUAUAAAGACCUCCUUAGCACCAAUUAUAGUUCAUGUAAAAGUCUCAUCUCCAAAGGUUUUACAGCGGUUGAUUAAAUCUAGAGGAAAGUCUCAAAGUAAACACUUAAAUGUUCAACUGGUAGCAGCUGAUAAACUUGCACAGUGCCCCCCUGAAAUGUUCGAUGUCAUACUAGAUGAGAAUCAGCUGGAGGAUGCAUGUGAACACCUGGGAGAGUACCUUGAGGCCUACUGGCGUGCCACCCACACGACCAGUAGCACUCCCAUGACCCCACUGCUUGGAAGGAACUUGGGCUCAACAGCACUCUCGCCAUAUCCCACAGCAAUUUCUGGGUUACAGAGUCAGCGUCUGAGGCACAGCAACCACUCCACAGAGAACUCUCCAGUUGAAAGACGAAGUCUAAUGACCUCUGAUGAAAAUUAUCACAAUGAAAGGGCUCGGAAGAGUAGGAACCGCUUGUCUUCCAGUUCCCAGCAUAGCCGAGAUCAUUACCCUCUGGUGGAAGAAGAUUAUCCUGACUCAUACCAGGACACUUACAAACCUCAUAGGAACCGAGGAUCGCCUGGGGGAUAUAGCCAUGAUUCUCGACAUAGGCUUUGA